ACAAGCUAUAGAAAUCAAUUUCAAGAAUAGAGAGUACACAACUUACACUAAUAAUAGUUGAUGCUGUUAAACCCUCAUCACGAGUCCACCCAAAAUAUGACAGGAGAAACAGUGACCCAUAAAUCUUACCCAUUGGCUGAUGUUCAGCUUACGAUUACAAUAUUGGAUCUUGUUCAACAAGCUGCUAACUCCAAACAACUCAAAAAAGGUCCCAGUGAAGCUACAAGGGACCUGAAUAGGGGUUUUUCUGAAUUUGUAGUGAUGGCUGCAGACACUGAAGAUUUUGAAAUGAUUUCCCAUAUUCCCUUCCUUGCUGAAUAUAAAAAUGUAGCAUAUGUUUUUUGUUCCUUCAAAAGAAGAAUUGGGGAGAGCAUUCUUGUGGACUUUCAGGAUGUGAUCAAAAAAAUACUUAUCAUGCACGAAGUUAAAAGUUUUCCAAUAUCGGAUGCUAUUAAUCGCUCUUUCAAACCCUCAUCUCUCUCUACAGAAUCCACCCAAAAAAUGAUAGAAGAAGCAGUGAUGCCUAAAUCUUACCCAUUAGCUGAUGCUGAGCUUACAAUUAGAAUAUUGAAUGUUGUUCAACUAGCUGCUAACUCCAAACAAAUCAAAAAGGGUCCCAUUGAAGUUACAAAGGCCCUACACAUGGAUUUUUGUGAAUUUGUAGUGAUGGCUGCAGACACUCCAGAUUUUGAAACCAUUAUUCAUAUUCCCCUCCUUGCUGAAGAUAAGAAUGUAGCAUACGUUUUUGUUCCUUCACAAGAAGAAUUGGGGCGAGCAUGUGGAGUUGAAAGACCUGUGAUUUCAUGUUCGUUGAUCAGCACUGAAAAAAGUCAACUAAGAUCCCAAAUCCAGCAACUCAAGGAUGUGAUCCAGAAGCUCUUGAUAUAAGGACUUUAUACAAUAUGAUUUGUUACUAUUGACAAGUGUACUUGUACAUUCAUAGAAGAUGCUGAUUUGUGCAUAUUAAAGAAAAAAAAAAGGCACAAGAGUUUUUUCCCUGUUUUGAAAUAUCUGAAUUUUUAUCCAGGC